UUCCAUUAUUUACUGAUGGCCUUUUCUCUUCUCAGCUCUCGGAGGCUUGAGGUAAGCAGAGUGGAACUUCUUCUUCAGGUUGGGACAUUUUGUAUUGCAGUUGGUGCUCUAGUUGCAGGUAUAUUUGGCAUGAACUUGAAGUCCUACCUUGAGGAGCGUGCGUUUGCAUUUUGGAUAACAACUACAGGAAUUAUUGUUGGUGCAGUAGUUGCAUUUUUUAUAUUGUAUUCAUACCUUAGGAAAAGGAAAAUACUAUAAACACGAGAACGAUGUCGUCGUUUUUAUAGGGAACAAUGGAUACUGCUGAGCAAGGAGAAAUGGAGAGAGAAAUUAGCUAAAGAUCAACUGUGUUUCUAUAUCUAUAUCACAAGUUGAUGGCUCCUUGCUACAUAGAGACCAAAUUCAACAACCAACACAUCCCUUUUCGCAUACAGUAUUUUCUGGACUAUAAUCGUAUUGAGUUAUUAGGCUGUCUAUGUUGUGGAGAGCUUCCACUACAAGAGUUGAAGUAGGCGUUCCUUUAUUUGCCUCCAUCCAAAUUUUACAGUUAUUUGGAAGCGAGGUCAUAGUCCCGUCUACUUAUUAUAAGUUGCUCAUGCAAUGACAGUGUAGAUGUUGGCUUUUGAAUAGGCAGAGUUGAGUUUGUUUGACUGGACUUGAAUUGCAAUUUACCACCAUUACAUAUGCAAUCUUCUUGUUUUGUACAUGUUUAUGAUCAAUAUGCUAACAAGUCAUUCACUGUUA